AUGGACCCAGAUGCCGAGUUUAAUUUGCUCACCACGCUUUAUCAGAGUGUGGUGCAUGAUAUGAAGCACACCUAUCCGGGAUGGGAGCAAUUGAGCCAGAAGGCCGUCAAGCUCGGCGCGCAGCUCAAAGCGACCGCGCAAUGUCUCGCCGCGUUUGUGGAAGCGAUGCAGGCGGUUUGCGAUCACGCCAACAACUUGAAAGGAGCGUCGCGCGACGUUGGCGCCUGUGUCACUCGUGUGUGCAUCAAACAACGCGCCAUCGAGAAUCGCAUGAGAUCGUGGGCGGAGGCGUUGUGCGACGAGUUCGCGGUCAGCUUACAACAAAGAUGUAAUUAUUGGAAGUCGCGGUGCGGCGAACUCGAUAAAAUUGGAUCGAAGCAUGUUAAAAAGGUGCGCUCAAGAAAACAGCGUCCGGAUAUAACGGCGAUGUCGGAGCAACGAGAGAUUUGCUCGAGGGUGCUCACCGAGCAACGAACGCAAUUCUCGUUUUUCAUCGGAACACUGAUGCCGGUGCUGAACGCGCAAAUGAGUAUGCUUGACGAGGGCGCGCAUUUGCGGCAAGUCGUUGAGAAUCUCGACAGCACCGUGAAGCACGUCGACACCGAUCAACUCGUCAACUCGAUCGUCACCGAUGUGGCGCAGGGCCCCGACUCGGCGUGGAAGCAGUGUCUCGCGCAAGCCGGCCAAAAAUGGAGGAGCGCCGACGAGCAGAGCUCGUGCGCGGGAAGCGUUCGCGAUUUGUCGACGCGAGCGACGACGCCGGCGAGCAAUUUCUCGUCGGAAGACGGAAUGAGCACACUGACGGCGCGACGUAGUAACGGUGAGAUGAUCGGUCGAAAGCCGCCGCUUCAACGACGCAAUAGCGAGAAGAGCAUCGGGCAGUUUUCUAUGUCGUCGCCGAACACCGACGGCUCGUCGACGUACUUGAAUCUCGUCGGCAACGCGAGCUCAAACACGAUCACCGAGCAGUCGUAUCACGCGAAUGCAAGUCGCGUCAACUCGAACGCGAGCAACGGUCAUCCGACGGGACCGCCGCCGGCGUAUCAACAUGUGAUCACGCAGAGGCAAGUCGGAAUGCAGAGGCCGUCGAAUUUUGGAUGCGAUUUCAAUAUGUCGGCAUAUGCGAUGAAUACGUCGACGUCGAUGGGCGGUACGCCAAUUUGCCAACAACCUGGCUCGUCGUGUGGUUCCGAGUCGGCGUCGUCGAGCGCGUUGCUCAUCGCCGAGGCCUGCAAAGAGAUCGACCAAUUGGGAAGCGAUUUGGAGAAUUAUUGCGCGAUGAGCGCGUCCGACACGGCGACGCGAUAUUUUGUGAGCUCACCGCCAAAGAAUGGCGUGACGCGAAGGGGGUCGCACGUCGACGAGGCAACGUACUACGAUCCAAUGAAGCGCGUUUCGAUGGGACCGCCGACGGGUGUUGUCGGUGGUGCGCAGAACCCGACGAAUGGAGGGGUUCGAAUGAGGACAACUUCUGCUUCGAGACCACCUCCGCCGGCGCGUCGUUCGUCUCAAAUCACGGCGGCGACACCGACGGCGCCGUCGGUUGCUGAGCAGCGAAUGAACGGCGGCUCCAUAAUGGGCAGUCGACAAUCGUUGGAUUCGGCUGGAAUCUAUGACCAACAAUACAUGAUUUAUAACCAGAAUAUGUCGUCGUUUGGCCGAAACUCGACGACAUCAAAUCCGCCGGCGGCGGCGAAAUUCCGCAUUUGA